AACGUGUUUCAAACUUGUUAAAUUAAAAACAAUUUAAUUGCGUUCACAUUAUCUCACCACUCCAAUAUCGAAAAUUCACCUUUAAAUUGAACAUCAAACAGCCCUCAAGCAUCUGAGAAUUUAUAUUCUCCAAACUUUAUUCCAUUCCAACAAUAGUGCAAAACCAAAACUCUCCAAAACACUACCACCAAUAAUCAUCUCUCUCUCUCUCUCUCUCUCUCUCUCUAGAUCUCUUGUGAAGCAUCAUUACUCUUGCGUAUCAUCUCAGCUCCUGGUUGUUGAAAAUCAUCCGUAGAAGAUAAGACUGCCCCCAAAAAAAAAAAGGAAAUAUCAUUGCUAAUCACUAUUUGUUGAGAAUUGCAAUCCAGUCCAUGAGUUUCGAAGCGGUUGUUAUUUCUCAAUAAUGCCGGAAAUUAAGGAUGAUUCCGGCGACAUGACGGCCACCGCCGAGAUUCCGACGGGCACGGAACAAGCCCUGUUCGGGAAAUACGAGGUCGGGAAACUCCUCGGGUACGGCGCCUUCGCCAAGGUGUACCACGCGAGGAACCUGAGGACGGGGCAGAGCGUGGCGAUCAAGUCCGUGAGCAAGCAGAAGGUCCUGAAGGGAGGCCUCACGGCGCACGUCAAGCGCGAGAUCUCUAUCAUGCGCCGGCUGAGGCACCCCCACAUCGUGCGCCUCCUCGAGGUCAUGGCGACCAAGACGAGGAUUUACUUCGUCUUGGAAUUCGCCAAGGGGGGCGAAUUAUUCGCCAAGGUCGCGAAAGGACGGUUCAGCGAAGAUCUCAGCCGUCGGUACUUCCAGCAGCUAAUCUCUGCCGUCGGGUACUGCCACUCCCGCGGCGUUUUCCACAGAGACUUGAAACCGGAGAAUCUCCUGUUGGACGAGAAUUGGGACUUGAAAGUCACCGAUUUCGGGCUCUCCGCCUUGGCGGAUCAGAUCCGACCCGAUGGGCUACUCCACACGCUUUGUGGGACCCCUGCGUACGUGGCACCGGAGGUGCUCGCGAAGAAGGGCUACGACGGCGCGAAGAUCGACGUUUGGUCUUGUGGAAUUAUUCUCUACGUUUUAAACGCCGGUUAUUUACCGUUUAACGAUCCGAAUUUGAUGGUGAUGUAUCGGAAAAUCUACAAGGGCGAGUUUCGGUGCCCGAAAUGGACGUCUCCUGAGCUCAAUCGGUUUCUCUCUCGCCUACUCGACACGAAUCCGAGCACUCGCAUCACGGUCGACCAGAUCAUAAACGACCCGUGGUUCAAAAAAGGUUACAAACACAUCCAAACCAGUUCCGAUGAUUUACCAUUUGAUUUCAAAGUAGACGACAACGACGACAGCAAAAAGUUCUUAAACGCGUUCGAUAUAAUAUCGUUCUCCUCCGGUUUCGACCUGUCCGGCAUGUUUGACUUAUCGGAGGGUUCGACAGGAGGAGAGCGAUUCGUAUCGGAGGAGUCGCCGGAGAGGAUAAUCUGGGAGAUCGAGGAGGUGGUGAGGGCGGAGGAGGGGGUGGAGGUGGUGAGGAGGAAGGAUCGUGGGGUGAAGGUGGAAGGGCAGAACGGGGAUUUCGUGGUUACGGUUGAGAUCCACCGGUUAACGGAGAAGCUGGUGGUGGUUGAAAUUAAGAGGAGGGAGAGCGAGGGCGGACCUAGUCGGGAGACGUGGAAAGAUAAGCUGAGGCCCCAGCUGAGUCGUCUUGUUUACAAACCGGAACGGCGGGUUACCGGUAGUUAAUUAGUGAAAAGUGGGACUUUUGCUUUUGUCUUUAUUUAUAUGCCAAUCAUUGAAUUUUUUUAUUUUAUUUUUUUAUUUUGAUACGCGCCAAUCAUUGAUGAGAACUCCUAAUGGGAGAUUAGAUUGCUUUGCUACUUUUCAAAUUGUGUACGACUUCUCAGAAUCUCUGCCAAUCGGAAAAGCGAUGUAUAAACCUAGUGAUAAUCCAUUUUGGGCAAAGUUAUUUUUACUCUA